GCGCAAAGAGCGGAGAGUGAUCCCAAGAAUGGGAUUAGCGCGCUCUCCUUGUUCCUGUUGAAGACAUGGUAAUAUCAGGCACGUUCUUUAGGAUGAAGCUAGGUACUGCUUACAUCGUGACGGCAGCUAGACAAGGUAGUAUUCACUAGAUGCCGAAGGAUGAGAGGAUCCAAGCUAAACGCAAGCAAGGAUCGAUCGGUAAAAGAACCCGACGGUUGACCAUGUCUAUAAUAUAUAAAGCAUGUCGUCCUGAGGAGUCUUUUGAAUUCUCUUACCUGUGUUCACCUUCACUUCUCCCUGCCACUUCUGGUCACUCUUUUCGUGGCUGAUUCCCUGUAAAGUAACGUUCCUCAUUCUCUAAUCCCAUUCACCGUCACAAUGAAGGCCGCCGUCCUCCUCUCCCUUGUCGCCGCCGCGGCCGCUGGUGGGUGCAAGAACUGGGGUUACCCAACAACAACCAUCGCCGGUAUCGAGGUCGUCGACACCCAGAUCGUCCGUGAUGCGCUCUCCCUGAUCAAGAACUCGGGCCUCAAGGACUACGUCGUCAAGCACCAAAUUCGUUCAUGGCUCUUUGGUGCCCAGCAGCUCAACAACAACGCGACGCUCAAGUCGAUCGUUGACCCUCAGGCCCAGGCCAUCACCAUCCUUCUGCAUGAUCUCGGCUGGGAUCAGACCCCCGACAGCCCCUGGACUACCAUGGAUCUGCGCUUCGAGGUUGACAGUGCCAAUGGCAUGCGCAAUUUCGUCCGUAGCCACCCAGACGGCAAGCAGAUUAGCGAGAGGAAACUUCAACAGAUGUGGGACGCCAUUGCGCUGCAGGGUGCCUACGGCCUCGCCUCUCAGAAGGAGCCCCUCGUUUGGGGCUCUAUCAACGGCAUUGCCAACGACUACCGAGGACCCGGCGUCUUUGGCAUCAACGAGACCAUCUACAAUCAGAUCGUCGCGGAGUUCCCUGCCGAUGACCUUUUGACCGGUACCAACGAGACCUUCAAGUGGUUCUGCGAGACCAAGCCAGAGACUACUUACGACACCUGGGUCGAAGGCUGGGGAACUUACUUCGUCGAUGGCUACGACGCCACCGGCCACCGACAGGUCGACCAAUUCCGCACCGUCUUCUAAACUGCUUUCCCUUUCCCCUCCCCUUUCUCAUCCGCCAUCAUUCCAAAUGGGAAGCAGACCUCAAAAACCUCGCAUAUAUAAUAUUGAAAUUUCGGCAUAUACUAUUAUCUUGUACAUGUUCAUAUAUACCCCAUCCAUAAAUUUUAUUCAUGUAAAUAUAGUUUUCGGAGAAUAGGGCGUAGCAUAGCGGAGAUGAGAAAUGGUGAAUGAAUUGAGCGAAGAGCGGAGAAUACGAGUUAUCUAUGUGACAACGUACGUUUUUGGGGGGGUUUUUUUUAAUUGCCAAGUACUGAAAGUGCCUGUGCUAGUUUAGAAUUGAAGUGAGAGUAAAGUCUUCAAGAGCUCUCUGAG